AUGAAGUUCAACGUCUACACUGUUGCCCUUUCGGCCAUGGCUCUUGGAGCCACCGCCCUGCCUUCCGAGCUCAAGGCUGACGGCGCUGCUUUCCGCCGCGCUGGCAAGGGCCUCGUCGGCGACGUUUACCGUCGCGCGGCCCAGACCUCUGGCGGCGCUUCCCCCAGCGCCACCGGCAGCGCUGGCGGCUCCCAGACUACCGGCUCUGCCGGCUCCGGUACCUCUUCCGGUGGCUCCCUCCCUGCCUCCUCCGGCACCUCUGCCCUGUCUGCUGCCCAGACCAUUGCCGCGGGCGAGUCCUUCGACGGUGGCAUGGUCAUGUUCGACCGUGGCGUCUCUUGCACCGGCCAGUCUGAGGGUGGCGACUCCGACGCUGUCUUCCAGAUCGAGGAGGGUGGCAGCAUCUCCAACGUCAUCAUUGGACCCAACCAGAUCGAGGGUAUCCACUGCCAGGGUGCUUGCACUCUGACCAACGUCUGGUGGUCUGCCGUCUGUGAGGACGCCUUCUCCAUCAAGAACCAGCAGGCUGGCGCGACCACCAAGAUCAACGGUGGUGGUGCUUUCAACGCUGAUGACAAGGUCAUCCAGCACAACGGAGCCGGCACUGUCGCCAUCUCUGACUUCACCGUCGAGAGCUUCGGAAAGCUGUACCGCUCCUGCGGCAACUGCGACACCAUGUACGAGCGCCACGUGACCAUCGACGGUGUCACCGCCACCGACGGUGACAUCCUUGCCGGCGUCAACCAGAACUUCGGCGACACCGCCACCAUCACCAACACCGUCACCACCGGCGUCCAGACCAUCUGCGAGAAGUUCGAGGGCACCGAGGGCGACGGCGAGCCCACCAGCAUCGGCGAGGGCGCCGACGGCAAGACCUGCAUCUACGGCUCCGACGUCACCGAGGGUUAA